AUGCCUAUAUUUAAGUUGCGAGAAAUUCUUCGCUAUCAUAAUGUUCUCGACUGUGACACAAAGGAUGAGUUGGCCAUAAGGGUCGGCAUGGUUAUUUCGGGAACUGCUAGUCUUGCUUUCAAAAGGGAAGUUUUUGCAAUUAAAAAUUUAGUAACAGCAACUAGAUCACUGAUACAACGACAGAAGAGAAUGUACAUUCUGGAUCCAAAAAUAAUAUCCAAACAAAGAAUGUUCACCACGCCUUCAAGCCCAACGAUAAGCACCUCACGCCCUAGGGAUAGUGCCUCUGUUUUCAGCAAGAAAACAAAGGCAUUCAUUCCACUACCGCCUGAUUUAAGUAUAGAGACCCUCGACGAUAUACUAAAACCUAUUUACCAAGAGGCUUCAUUGUAUGAAGACAUUUGAUUUAUUUAAAACAAGUAUUUAUGACUAAGUAUUUAUAUUCCAUUUACAGGUUGGUACAGAGCGAAGGUACUAGAAUAUGACAGGGCAACAGAUGUUGUUAAACUGGAGUUCGAUGUUGAAGAAGAUGUAAAUUACAAUUAUGUUGUUAAGGACGAAGUGAAAGCCAGCAGAUUAAAACUUGCAAAAGACACUCAACGGAUGGUCGAUGAUUAUGAAAAUAUCUUUCAAAUCAGAGCAGUUGUUGAAGUUAGCUGGUCAAAGGAUGACGUUGUCGAAACCGAUUUAUUACCUGGUAUGUUAAAUAUGAUUAAAGUUUAAACUUUAACACUUAACUCAUAACCGACAAUGCAUAGUCAUGCUUCCAUGUUCUUGUUGAGAUGUGGUGGGUAUACGUAUCAACAUUGUUGAGAUUAUUUGGAGCAGAAUAUAAGUAGUGGAGUUAUUUAAAGAACUCACACUGAAACCAUAAGAUGCAGCACGAAAUGAAUGGAUACAGAAUUAAAAAAAAUUAAAUAGGGACAUAUAUAUGACUGUGUCUUUGUACAGAAAAAACGUCAGUGUGCAAGUGCACCCAAAUUUAAGUUCAAUUGAUAAACUGCUCGUUAAGUGAUGGCAUAAAUUAUAUAGAGGGAAAAUAUCAUAACAAUUAACAUUUUCUUGUUUAGGUUGGCACGAGGCAGAAGUACAAUCGUUUGAUAGAGAUGAAGAUGAAAAUGAUAUU